UUGUUGACGUAUGUUGCUGUUUAACAACGCGUGAAUGAUUACGAAAGAGUCCUCGGCGGAAUGCGUCUCCCGAGAGGACGGCUAUGAACGCGACAAGCGGCCGCUACUCACGCAGCCAGCUAUGGCUGCAGGGUUUUGGUGAUGUCCGAGCUAUCUGUUGAAUAGAGGAAUUGAAUUGUCGGCUGUUGCAUCCAUGUGCUUUACUGAAGCUCAAGUACACGUGUGAGCAGAUAUCCAGAACUACGCUGCAAUGGAAGACACCAUCAGGGAGCUGUGUGCGUGCAACGGUGUGCCGUAUGAGCGGCUGGCACAGGAGGGGCCUGGCGUGGAACGGCUCGAGAUAUUUUUCUCGGGAUACCCACGCAUGGUGGGGCUCUCCAACUUCCCGAACCUGACAGUGCUCACGCUGGUCAACCAGGACGUGCGGGACAUCGAGGGUCUGCAUGGAUGCCGGCUGCUGCGGGAGCUCUGGAUCGCCGAGUCGCACGUCACAGUGAUAAAAGGCUUGGAACCAUGCCGAGAGCUGCGCAAGCUCUACCUGUACAGCAAUAACAUUGCCCGCAUCGAGGGCCUGGAGUCACUGCCACUCCUGGAGGUGCUGUGGCUCAACAACAACUGCAUUGCUGCCAUCGAGAAUCUUCAUUGCCUGCAGCAUUUGAAGGAAUUAAAUCUUGCAGAUAAUCAAAUUGAAUUCAUUGGGCACUCACUGGAUUCAAACCUUGAGCUGGAAAGACUGAAUCUGUCUGGAAAUAAAAUCUCAAGUUUCAAGGAGCUGACGCAGCUGAGCCGUUUGCCUGCGCUCACGGAGCUGUCCCUGCAAGACCCAUUGUAUGCGUCAUGCUCCGUUUCCCUCCUCUGCAACUACGCCACACACCUGCUCUACCACCUGCCUCAGCUGCGCCGCCUUGAUACCAUCGACGUGUCCUCCAGGGCCCUCAAGGACCUGGCUGAGUCGACGGUGGCCAAGAAGAUGGUGUAUUAUGGCAUGCGAAUCCAUGUCGAGAAGCGAAGUCUGGCUCUGCGGCUGGAGCGGCUGAAUGAGGCGAGGGCUGGCCUGGUGUGCGGCCUGGAGGAUCGCCUACGGAGGCUUCACUUCGUCAUCAAGAACGUUGAGAGAGAGCUCCUGGAGGCCGAAACAAGUCCUUCCGUUGCCUCUGUGGAACACUUAGGAGGGGACAAACAAGAGGAAGAAGAAGCCAACGACAGCAGUCAGGAGUCAUCAGGCGAGCACUCGUCAGAUGAAGGCCAACGUGAUGCUGGAAAUAAGCGUCCUGGCAAGAGGGUCAAACUCCAUGUCAAACUCAAGGCCCUGCAGGAUAGAGUCAAGUACUGGUGUCAGAAGAUCCACGUCAUAGAUUUGGCGCAUGCAAUGGCUAUGCGGCGGUGCCGGGAAGAGUUGGAGCAAGCAGAGCGUCGUCUCGCCAUUGAGCUGGAGUCUGGGGGGAACGUCCGCUUUGAGAGCUGUGGCCCUGAUAAUGUUUGCUUCACGUCGUGCCAGGAGCUGCUGCUGUCGCGUUUCUGCGCGUGGGAUUUCUACGCGUGCGGUGCGACGGGGGUGCGCGCGCGUGCCGUCACGCGCGUGCACAAUCGCGCACUGAGGCAGCGUUUCGACGAGAGGGUGGAGGCUCUGCGCGACCACGACCGUGAGCUGGGCAUCUCCAAGCAUUAUCACAAGCUGAUCGAGUACCUCUUUUGCGUGUGGGACCCGGAUGGCACGGAGCCCAAUGGGGAUCUUCUGCGAGUCGUUGAGGAUGGCUUCCCUGAUGCGGAGACUUACUGGGACCUGGGAAAGGACGGCGCAGUCACCCUGGCCAACAGCUUGAGUUUGAGUGAGGGACCUCGCAUCGAGGCUCUGCUACAGAAGGCAGAGGUGGAUGAAAUGAAUGCCGUCGACCCUGCACCAUUUCGAUAUGGACAGCUGCUGGUGGUCAAGGUGUACCUGGGUCGAAGUGCACAGGCCCGGGAACUUGGUCGGGUUUGUGCCAGCGACUACCCAAACUGCGACUCAAUAUUUCGGCCCAGGAAAAAGGGUCUGCCGAUUGGAUCAAAACACUCAGCAGCAACAACAACAACAACAGAAGCAGAAGCGAGUGACAUUGACCAGCAUGGACAGGCAGCGAGUGCAGGUGCCAGCGAUGGGGAGCAGUGCUGCCUGUCCCAGCCUCAUGGCAAUGAGCAUGGGCGCGAGUGUGAGUGUGCCCUGCGGCAGUGCCUGUGGUUCGUGCCAGACAGGGACCUCGUGCUGCCAGAGUACAUCAUCGAUCUGGAGUACGUGACACAGAAGCAGCCAUGUGUGCACUUCAGCAUGAAUGGCAAGGGGAAGGGGGGAGAUGCAGUGGUGCCAGCAAUCCUCUGGCCCGGUGGCUCAGCCCACGUGAGCAUUGGCGAGGACGUGGGAGACGAGAACGUGCUCAGUAUGCCACCCACGGUCCGGCCACGGCCUAAACUUAUCAGCCUGGAUGAAGCCUCUCUGCUGAGUCUAACCAAGACUUCAUCACUCAACCACAUCACGGUCCUCAACUUGCACGGAAACAACCUGACUCGGCUGAAGGAUAUUAACCGCCUGGUGUUCCUGCGGAGGCUAGUGGUGAGCUUCAAUGAGCUGGCACGGCUCGACGACCUUACACACAUGCCGAGCCUGGAGUACCUGGACGUGAGCCACAACCAGCUGGGGACGUUGGAGGGGAUGAAGGGCCUGAGCCGGCUGUGCUACCUGGACAUCAGCUGGAACCGUCUGAGCUGCGUGCGGGACGCGGCGGGUUCCCUGCGACGCCACGCUUGCGCGCUUGUCACCCUCGAUACACGUCACAACCCCUGGCUCAAGCUGGAAUGCGCGAGGUUGCGUUUCGUGGGCCAGUUACGCUCACUGGCCUCGCUUGAUGGCGUGCCCAUCACGGAGGAGGAGGUGGCCGCUGCACUGCGCCAGGCCGCCAGCUCGCACAUCUCCCAGGCCCUGCUGCUGGCGCACGCUUGCACGGAGGCGGCGCGGCCUCGCUGUCUGAGCCUGCUGCCGACGGCGCAGCUGCUGGAGGGCCGGCGGAUGGGCCGGGUGGAGCGCACGGGAGACCUGCAGCCCACGUGGUACUCGCAGGUGACGUCGCUGUGCCUGGAUGGACUGGGCCUAACGCGCCUGACUGGGCUGGAGCGGAUGGAGAGUCUGCGUUGGGCGUCGUUCUGCCACAACGAGCUGUGCCGCCUCGACGGCCUCGAGGGCUGCCUGCAGCUCGCCGAGCUCAGCAUGGACCACAACCGCCUGAGCACCCUCCACGGACUGCACCACAUGACCAAGCUGGUGACGCUGAGCAUCGACUGCAAUGAGCUGGUGGGGCUGGAGGACGCAGGGUUGGAGGGCAUGCCUCGACUGGCACGACUCUCUGCUGCCUCCAACCGCCUGGCAUCGCUGGCUGGCCUGCAGCGCUGCUCCUCACUCGCGGAGCUGUACGUCGCCAGCAACCAGCUGGCCAGCAGCCGAGACGUAUACCGCAUUAAGGGCCUCACGAGCCUCGUCAUCCUGGACCUGCACGGCAACCCCCUGGCCAGCACCAUGGAGCAGUACCGCCUCUUUGUUAUCUUCCACCUGCCGGCACUUAAGGCGUUGGAUGGCAAUGCUGUGGAAGUGGCGGAGUGUGACUCCGCGCGGGACACAUUUGGAGGGCGGUUAACUUCUGAUCUGGUGGCCGAGAGAUUGGGUCAUGCUGACUUUAUCAGACUGCAAGAACUGAGCCUGCCCGCCCUCAACCUCAGGACUGUGGACCUGCUUCCUCCCAAUCUCUUCGUGAACCUGCGCAAUGUGAACUUGGAGCAGAACAACCUGUCCUCCUUCAGCGGACUCAUACACCUGUCCAACGUGCAGGUGCUGAACCUGAACUACAAUCAGAUCGAAUCGGUGGUGCCGCGUGCCCGCCCUCCCGCCACGCUCACCGGGCGCCAGCAGCUCUACCAGAAGGUGGCCUCCAGCGGAUAUGGCCCGCAGAACGUCGCCAAGGCCACCAGGGACGCGUUGGCGUGCGAGAGCCUAGUGCCCGUCAUGGAGCGGCUGGAGGUGCUGCACCUCGCCUACAACCGCAUCUCCAGCCUCGCUCUGCUGCAGCUGGGCCGGCUCACUGGGCUGCGCACCCUCUACCUGCAGGGCAACGAGAUCAGCCGCGUGGAGGGCCUGGAGGGCGCCGCGGCACUGCGCGAGCUUGUGCUGGAUGCCAACCGCGUACGGUCCCUCGGGGAGAGCUCGUUCCUUGGGCAGGGCUCCUUGGUGGAGCUCCAUCUCAGGGACAACCGGCUCCGGCAGCUGUCCAACCUCCAUCCACUCUGCCGCUUGCAGCGCCUGUACUUGGACAACAACAAACUGCAGGACAUGUCUGAGCUGGAGAAGCUGAACCAGCUCCCGAGCCUCACUGAGAUUACUCUCACUGGAAACCCACUUGCGCGCCGCUGCCUCCACCGCCCGGUGCUGGUGCUGCAGACCCCGCGCCUGCUGCUCGUCGACGGGCUGCCCGUGAGCCAGGAGGAGCGCGUGCGUGCCGAGAUGCAGCUGCUCGAGACACAGACCCCGGCAAUGGAGGUGGUACAGCCGGGGCUGGCUCCGCUGUUCGGCCGCACAGCGCCUCUCUGGGUCACCAGCAUCACGGCCACGGCAGCUGGAGGGGUCACUGGAGUGUGGCCCCUGGGGCUGGGGCCCACGAUGCAUGGGGUCCUACCACAGGCGUUCCGAGGAGGGGCAGGGUCUUUCCCACUUCACACGUUCGACGACCCCGUGCUGCCCGAGCCCACGCGCUACCGGCGGCCACGCCAGCACAACGGCUUCCUGCUUCCCAACCCACGCAGCUACCACGCCGAGCUGGCCCUCAGUGAGCUGCGGCCGCUGGCGGCUCCGGUCGUGGCGGCCCAGGGUCUGCGGCGAGUGCCCUCGCCCCUUCAGCACGGCGCCACGGCCGCCCGCGCGCCGCCCUUCCCUCCGCGACUGCCCUCCUCCGCGACAGGGGACAGGUCUUCUGGGAGUGCCAUGCCAAGGAAGACACUGUGAAGCCAGUGCGGUGUACGGGAUCAACACUCACAACCUUCAAUACCACCGCUGCCCCUAUGGGGUCACAGUACGCAAGAGUUACAUCGAAAUCUUGAUUUGCAUCUAAAUGUUUGUCAUUCGUUAUUCCUUCACUUAGUUUACGGUUUUGUGUUUUUAUUCAAUGCACUGAUCUACAUACGCGGGAAUGUGAAUGCACCGAUUUGAUUUGCUGUAGUCUUUAGUUUUUUUUACUGGCACUGGUAACAGUGAAUAUCGAAUGUGUUGGCUUCGAAGGAAAGUGUGCGCAAACUGCCGUGUCGGACUGGAAGCAUGAUGCGCAGCGCACACCGAGGUCACAGGCAUUCUGCCGCACAGCAUUACAGGGAACUAUCACAAUACUAAUGUAAGCCUAACAUAUGCAGCCCCAUUGGGCCACCAGGCUUAAAAAAUCCUAUACGUGUAGCAUAAACCUAAACAGGGCCACACUUAUUCAGUGUUGUCUCCUUAAGCUCAGAUACUUAUUCUGUUUCUACCUUUAUCCCAGUUGUUGGUGAAUAUCAUCACUUGCCCGGAGAGGGCAUGCGUGUUGCGCCACAUUGUUGUAUGCAGUCAUGAAGGCCGUCUUUAUUCCCACGAGCUAGUGGUAGAAGAUGCACAAACUUCACAAAAGCACAAUGUGAAGCAUGUUUACUGCUGGGUGUCGAAGUGCAAGUGUACGAUUUGUAGAUGUUGAGAACAAAAAAUUAUGGGAUUUUCUCUUCGUAAAAUAUGGCAGUAUUCAAUUGUACAUAAUUAUAACAAAGCAUUAUAAACUGUCACUUGGUCUGGGCAGGAUGUAGUGCACUGACUUGCCAGCCUGGAACAAGUGCUCCAAGCAUGAUCGCCUUUCUGCAGGGGAGUUUGUAAACUGCUUGAAGUAUGAUGAACAAUUCACAGAUGCUUAUUCUGCUUCAAUUCCUUUCACUACUUCCGAGCGAAAACUCAAUAAAAGCAGCGUUUGUUACAUCACUCUGCACAUGUGCAUUGUCACAGCGUUUUUACUGACAGUUGUGCUCACAAGUUACAACUUUAGAGUGGAAAAUACUGACUUUUUACUGUGCCCUGAUUGUCGCAUUGAAAGUACAUUCAGGUUAUAGCAACACGCUGAUUCAAGGAGCUAUUUUGAGCAUCAUUAAGCCGAGUUUUUUUUUUCAGAAUGAUGGGCCAAAUACAUAAAAUCAAAACAAUGUUUUUACUGUCAGCCACUGCGAAGAUCAGUGACAAUAUCUGAACUGAUCACGGCCACCUUCACCAACCUGCACUGACCAGCAGUGAAUUAUGGUUAAUCAACCUGCAUGACCGCACCUCCGAUUAGCGGGGUUGGCUACAUGCUGUGUGAAAGAAGUUCAAUAAACAGUGUGGGGAGGCCUUCAUUCAGCAAUGGAUUGACAAGAGGGUUUUAUUUAAAAAAAAUAUAUAAAUUCUAUCACGGUAACAUCUGUAUACUGUCAACAUUAAAGAGUACAUACAUACAUGCCACCAGGGCAAAUAUAGAUUUGAGAAUUUAAGCAUCAAUAAGGGUAAAAAAUCAUGAACGAGCAAAUUUUUACAAACCUUAUACAGUAUCUCGUAACUUACCAUUUGAUCAUACAAAUACUUCAUAACU